AUGAAAUUUGUUUUGCUCCUUUUGUUGUAUGCCCUUUUAAAAAGCGCCAUUUGCGAAAUCAAAGAGUUAAGUUAUCACGAAUUUCACCGUAUGCUAACCACAGAAAAAAAGGAUUCAAAAAAAGUGUAUGCUUUGGAUAGUAAGCCAAAUAUUAAAAACGCAAAUUAUUUACAGGAUUUCUUGCAUUUGAAGACCGAUGUCGAUUUGGUUCUAUAUGUCUACGCCAAGUGGGACACGGACUCCAACAACCUGAUUACCGUUUUCCGCGAAGUUGAAAGAAUAAUCACGGACCAUAAAAUAAAAAUCGAUUUUUACACCUUCAACAUUGAUAAUGCCAAGGAGUUGUGCAAUUUGAUGAAUAUCAAAACCCUGCCUGUUAUACUAUACGUCUCAUCUGUGCAUAAAAAGAAAUACAACUCUCUGCUGUACAAAGCUUUGAGCUCGAGCAAGGAUGUGAGAAUAAGCAACGCCUUUAGGUAUAAUGGAGACAUGUACUGCUACGAUUACAUCGUGGAAUGGAUAGAGGCACAUCACUACUUCACCCGAGCGAAUUAUCUUUUAACAAAUAACGAGUCAUCCAAAAUAUCAAGGAAAAAGACACGCAAAUAUGAUAAGCAUGAUUUAAGCAAUUUUACAGACUUCUCUUUCUUGUCGCAAACGGAAGCAAGUGAUAGCGAAGUGCCUGCAGGAAAGGACGGCAAAAAAGAGAAGGAAAAAAAAAACGACACAGGAGAAGAUGAUUUGAAGGGGAAACAGGAGGAACAUGCGGUGCAGGAAACAAAUGGUGAAAAAAAACCAUCAAAUGAGGAGAAGAGUAAAAAGGAUGGCAAAGAUGACGCAUUCGACGACGAUAGUAUAGACGAGGGGGACGACGAUGAACCUGAUGGAGAAGACGACGAAGACGGGGAACCCAAAAACAAUUCCAAAAAAAAAAAAAAUGUAAAAGAAGACAAAGAGGGAAAAGAUAAAAAAGACAAGAAAAAAAAAACAAAAGGAGAUUUCGAUGAUGACGAAAAUUAUGAGGACGACGAAGAUGAUGAGAAGGAAAAUGAGGAGGAUUGGGGAGGGGAGGACGACGACGAAGAAGAAGAAACGGGAAAGAAGGCAUCACACAAAACAAAUAUUGGGAAACAACAAAAGGGAAGCAAAAAAAAUGAAGACAAACAUAAAAAAGAAAUAAAUGCCCAUGGAAGCAAUAAGAACAAGCAUGUAGAGCAUCACGAGGGGGAUAAGCACGACCAACAUCACGACCAAAAAACGCAUAACGCAAAUGAAAAACAACAGAGCGGUAAAGAAGCUAAUAACAACCAGUCUGCUCAUAAUAACCCAGAAGCAAAAACGAAUGCGCCAAAUGUAAAUAAUAAUGAACAGAGACAGCCUACAAGUGCGCCCCUGUCCAACGUGGCGCAAAAUGUAAUUCCAGUUUUAAGCGCUUCCAUACCGAAGAGAGAGAACCCAAUUUUACCCUACAACAAUAACGUAAAAAUAAACGAAGAUAUACACAUCCCUGAUGAUAUUAAAAAUGAUUUCAUGAAACUGCUAAGAAGUGUCGUUCAACUUAAUGUUCAGGAAGCCCUACACCAGGGGCACAUUCAUCACCCACAUGGUGAUCAGCAGAAAAACACCUCAGGCAUGCCCCCAACACUUAUGCAUGCUUCCCCUGGGCACGGAACAAACAACAAAACAUUUUUAAACAAAUUGAUAGACCAUUUUAAAAAAUAUCUGAUGUACUACUUAGGAGGCCUCGUGGUCUUUUUUGCCUUUACAUUGGCUAUGCAGUGUUCAGACGUAAGCGACAAAAAGAGAAAAAAUACUUCCAAAAGGGACAGAAGCAAAAUUACCAAUUAUCGAAGAGACAUUGAAAGCUGA